AUGGCCAUAUUUUCAGAUUUCUUGAAGGAGUCAAUCAAGGUGUUCAUGGAUGACUUUUCGGUUUUUGGAAACACCUAUGACUCUUGUUUAUCAAAUCUGAAAUUUUUUUUGAAGAGAUACGUUGAAAUCAAUUUGUUUCUGAACUGGGAGAAAUGUCGUUUAAUGGUAGAAGAAGGAAUUGUGCUAGGUCACAAUAUAUCAAAGGCAUGGUUGGAAGUUUAUCAAGCAAAAAUUGACGCAAUAUCCAAGUUACCACCACCAAUCAAUGCGAAAACACUUAGGAUUUUUCUGAGACAUGUGGAGUUCUAUCGAUGA